UUGGGACUGCAACUCUAACAACCAACGUCAGUCACCAUUAGUUGUACUCCUACAGUACAUACUUGAGCCCGCCUCGUGGCAACUUUGAGACUUCUAUCUUUCCGCUUUCAGAACCCAAUAUCCGUCCAUUAUCCGCCCAAUAUCCGUAAUUCAAGGUUCAUCACCAGCAGAAACCUUCCUUGUUUGGAUUCUACUCCUCCACAUCAUAUCCGGACCCUGUUACAUUCCGUUGUCGCUUACGGAGUAGAGAUCGUUAUCGACCCCAACUGCGUUAUCUCUGUGCCUGGGGCUCCUACCACUCCUACAAACACCACCGUCACCACCAGUCACCGCAACUGCCACUGCGACUGUCAACGUCACCGUCAGCCAUUUUUAUUUUACUUUUUGACUCAUUAUUCAACCGUUUUCUUGCUUUUGCUGUUGGUCAGUCCUCACUACAUUCAAUCACCUUUGGUUUUACUCUUGAUUUCCUUGUUUCCUUUGUUUCCCCCCCUUCCACCCCUCAGAUAUUGCAGAUGAUACUCUUGGAUCCAUACUGAAUGCCUCUCUUAGACGGCUCGAGGUUUCCUCCUCAGCCUGGUGUCUCUGGACCGGGCAUUCCAGCCCCUCCACCGCCCGGAUCCGUGCCUACUCGACAACUGAGCGAUCAAUAUUCCAAUCUAGCCAGAGUCGCCAUCAUGACUAAUGCAUCCUCGACUUCAAAUUCUCUGUCCGAUUCAUCUCUCAACCAUGUCGCCUACCAUUCGAGCCUGAUGCCUCCACCCAAGACUGCCUUUGGAAGGACUCCUUCUUCCUACUCUCCCGCGAAACCAGUCCCCCAAUCUUCACAUUCACUCGGAAAGGCCUUGACUGAUACUCCUGCUCCCACCGCUCCGUCCAGCCCACAAAUGUAAGUUUGCAUUCUCCACCAAAUUUCUACUUGCGCUCAUCCAUUACUCUUAGCCAUGGUCGAAGUGCCAACGUUUCUGGGUCUGCAACCCCAAAACUUCGUGCCACAACGCUCGACAUCCCCGGCCUCACUCGAUCCAAAGUUUCCCCCGACGGUCGUAUAUCAGAACGAGAUGUCGGUGCCAAGUUGAUCAUUAUUAUGGUUGGUCUGCCAGCCAGAGGCAAAUCCUAUCUGGUCAAGAAAAUCAGCAGAUAUCUCAACUGGUUACAGCAUCCCACAAAAAUCUUCAAUGUUGGAGACCGCCGCCGAGUGGCUGCCGGACAAGGCCCACCCAUGCCAGAUCCAACACAUGUUGCCCUGCGAGCCUCUGUCCAACGUAUGAGCAGUACCACCACCGGUCCGCACAGCAUCGUCGAACACGCUGAUCUCCUGCCACCCCCUGCCAUCAAGACCGAACUCUUCCAGAACGGUCAAAUCACGUCCGCAUCGCCCAUCAGCCCACUGCAGAUGAAUGGAAACACGGCCGACCACGACCUUUCAGACGCCAUUCAUGCCCCUGCUCCAGAACCCAUGGAUCAAUCCGCUCAGUUCUUCGAUCCCUCAAACACAAAGGCCAAACAACUGCGAGAACAGGUAGCCCAUGAAGCCCUCGACGAACUCCUGAAAUAUGUCCUUGAAGACGGUGGCUCUGUGGGAAUUCUGGAUGCCACCAACCAUACCCAGGAUCGGCGUAUGUCUUUAAUUAAACACAUCCGACAACGGGAUGAGAAUAUCAACGUUCUCUUUUUGGAAUCCCGCUGUCAAGACCAGCAACUUCUCGAGGCCAAUAUUCGACUGAAGCUCUCUGGGCCCGACUACAAAGGCAAAGACCCCCAUCAAUCCUUGAAGGACUUUAAAGAACGAGUGGCCCAGUACGAGAAGUCGUAUCAGAAACUCGACGAAUUUGAAGAACAGCAUGACAUGCCUUAUUGUUCCUUGAUCGACGUUGGCCGGAAGAUGGUCAGCUAUCGGGUCAAGGGAUUUCUCUCUAUCCAAACAGUCACCUACUUGAUGAAUUUCAACCUCGCCCCUCGACAAAUCUGGAUCACCCGCCACGGAGAGUCUAUGGACAAUGCCAACGGCAAGAUCGGAGGCGACAGCUCCCUCAGCCCUGAUGGCGUGCGAUAUGCUCAGUCUCUCCCGCGCUUCAUCGCAGAACAAUGGAAGCUCUGGGAGCAGGCCCAAGCCGAGAAGAAGGCCAAUUCGCACUUCCCGCCUCUGCCAGGAGACACCACUCCUCCCAAUCCAGAAUAUGCUGCUCAAGCCGAACAGGAGAGAAACUUUUGUGUGUGGACCAGUAUGCUCAAACGAAGCAUCGAGACUAGUCAAUUUUUCAGCGACGAAGAAUUCGACACCAAACAGAUGCGCAUGUUGGAUGAACUGAAUGCCGGAUCCAUGGAAGGAAUGACCUAUACUGAGAUUCGGGAAAAGUUCGCCAACGAAUACGAACUACGAAAGCAGAACAAAUUGCAUUACCGCUAUCCGGGCCCUGGUGGAGAGGGCUACCUGGACAUCAUCAACCGGCUGGGCAAGGUCAUUCUCGAAAUUGAAAGAAUGACGGAUCAUGUCUUGAUCAUCGGCCACCGCAGCAUCUGUCGAGUUCUCUUGGCAUAUUUCAUGGGUCUCAAGCAAGAAGACAUCAGUGAUCUCGACGUCCCACUCGGCGUCGCGUACAUGCUCGAGCCGCGACCAUAUGGCGUCGAGUUCAAGGCCUAUCGAUGGGAUCCUCAAACCGACGAGUUCCGAUAUGAGCCAAACUACCGAAUGAGGCGAGCAAUUGACCCACAAGCAUGAUGUUUUGACAUGAUACCCCUUUUGUUUUUGUUUCUCUUUUUGUAUUGUGGCCAUUUCCUUCAUGUUUCAACCCAGAAAUUGGACAUGUUUUCAACGACAUAAAUAUAUACGGCCUCUGAAGUUCGCCGCUGGGGUGUUGCGGUUCCACGUAUCUUGGGCGUCGGUUUUACGAUUGGACUAAUUAUUAUGGCUCUUUUCAGGCAAGACAGCUGUUGGCAUGACCGUCCUGGACUUUGCCGCAUUGAGUCUUGGGUUGAUUGGUGACUCUUGCGGUCGAUGGAUGGAUGUCCUUUGUUUGCUUCUUUUACAGUUACAGUGUGUGCGUACGAGCGAGGAACGGAUGGGCUAGGAAACAUAAGAGAACCAUCUGCGAGCAUGGACCAGCGAGGGUGUUGGCGGCGUCGUUAUGUACUUGGAUGAUGCCAUCGAAGACGGGUUCUUUGAACGGCGCGGAAUUACUGCUCAUGGUUAUUAUAUGUUAACACGCGGCUGGGCGAAGCAGCACGUGGCAUAGGAAUGAGAAACAGGCCAUCUUAGGCUUGUGAUUGCCGAAUCUGUAUAACUGAUCCGUGGUUCUCGCUGAUACUGAAGCAGCCAUACAGAUCAUGUCCAUUCGAUUUCCAUGUUUAAUAUUUCCAUCCUCUCGAGUGUUGGUUGCAGUUGAGGAGAUGCUCUCGUACCCAGGAUGGGAGAUGUGAAAGAAUACAUAUUCAUCGUAAAGCU